UGUCCACACAGACACACACACACACACACUGGAGACGCUGAAUUCUGUGCAUAUGGGAAAGCGAGGCGCGCGACACCGACCCGGUUCUCGGAUUACCGACUGAACGUGUUUGCGCGAGCAUGCACGCGCUGCCUUUCUCUCCAUUUUCAUUUUGGCGACACGGCAGCGCGCUCGCGCUCUGGGCUGCACACACUGAAGUCAGAGGCAGGAGGAAAUGAGCAGGGCUAGCUGUGCAUCCACAGUGCAUUGUGUGUUUCCUGGAUAUGAUGCGCAUUUUCCUAGAAACUGCUCCCAUGCGCUCUUGAUGCGACCCUCGUUUGUUGUGGGAUGGACACAUUUUCCAAAAUACUAACAAUAAAUAAUAAAUGAAGAAAAAAAAUAAUAAACCCUCAGGUUGCUCUGCUAGUCAGCAGCUGAAGUGCUUAAACAAAGAAAUGCAUUCUUAAAGAAGAAGCCACAGCCUGGAUUUGUCAUCAAGGUAAUUUGUUUGUAUUUGCUACCCAGAGGCGAGGCGAGGCGAGGCAGGACGGAGCGCGGCAGUGGGAGCUGCUGAGCGAAUGCCUGUAGCGGCGGGCGCCGCGUGCCCUCGACAAUGAGCCGGCUGAUGCUGGGCCGUACUCUGGAGCGGAUCUGCAAGGCUGUGCUGCUGCUCUGCCUCGUGCACUUCCUCAUCAUGAUGAUCCUCUACUUUGACGUCUACAGCCAGCGCUUUGACAUCUUCAGCCGUUUCAACAAUGGCCGCGGCGCCAACACGUCGCGCUGGCCGCACCAUUCCUACUACAACUACUCCAGGCCCAACGCCACCUUCCCUAGCUAUCUCCCUGCCUCGGAACUGCUGCCACCCAGCGGCAAGCCUGAGCUCAACCGCUCGCAACCAACCCCUAAGCCUAUUCCUCCUUGCCCGGAGGUACCACCUGGACUGGUGGGGCGUCUCCUGAUUGAGUUCAGCUCUCUGAUGAGCAUGGAGAGGGUGCAGAGGGAGAAUCCCAACGUGACAGAAGGAGGCAAGUAUACGCCACCAGACUGUCGGGCCAAGCAAAAAGUAGCCAUUAUCAUUCCAUUCCGGCACAGAGAACACCACCUGAAGUACUGGCUUCACUACCUGCACCCUAUCCUACGGCGGCAGAAGAUAGACUAUGGAAUCUACAUCAUCAACCAGCUUGGCGAGGACACUUUCAACCGGGCCAAGCUGCUAAACGUGGGCUAUACGGAGGCUCUAAAGGACGCGGAGUAUGACUGCUUCAUCUUCAGCGACGUGGACCUGAUCCCCAUGGACGACCGCAACCUUUACCACUGCUACGACCAGCCGCGCCACUUUGCCAUCGCCAUGGACAAGUUCGGAUUCAGAUUACCGUAUGCGGGAUAUUUCGGCGGAGUCUCUGGCUUGAGCAAGAAGCAGUUCCUCAAAAUCAAUGGCUUCCCCAAUGAGUACUGGGGAUGGGGAGGGGAAGAUGAUGACAUCUAUAACAGGAUCACACUGAACGGGAUGAAAGUGUCUCGGCCAGAUGUGAGGAUCGGCCGCUACAGGAUGAUCAAGCACGAGAGAGACGAGCACAAUGAGCCCAAUCCCCAGAGGUUUAAUAAAAUCCAGAAUACAAAGAACACUAUGAGGAAGGAUGGCAUCAGCUCGCUGACGUAUCGCCUCGUCUCCAUUAAAAAGUACCCGCUCUACACCAACAUCUCGGUGGCGAUCGGCAAACCUCCUCCCAGACCUAUCAGAGGAUAGACUUCGGCCAGGUCCACACACACACACACACACACACACACACACACGCACUCACAUAUAUACAUAUACCGCCCAUGGCCGAGCGCCUCUGUGUGCAGCAGUGAUAUGCUGAACAGGUUAGUUCUCAGGAAUACACUGGACCUUCUGCGGAUUUAUGAACACAAAUCCACACUUGCGGAUUCUGACUCCAGUACCCACACGCAGUGAUGAGGGACAUGAGUGGAGAGCACAGACAGCCAUAGCAAUGUGGACGAUGCUCUAGUAGCCCUUCUGGUCCAACCUGGAGGACAUGAAUAAACAUUGUUUCUGGGCACAAUCUCAAAGGAGAACCCUGUUCACUUGAUGUAAAUCACUUGGAACAUUUCAGAAACGAAUGUCUUUUGUAUCUGCACUGGACCUGCUGCAGCGUUCAACUCUGUUUCUCGUCAUAUCUACAAAGAUGGAGAUGAUAAAGAUACUUAAUCAAGCCUGUGCUUGAACAAGCCUAUGGAACAUCUUCUUUGUCAGUUUUUUUUUUCCUCUUUCUUUCUUAUUUUGUAUUUCUACUCUUCCUGCUCUGUGACUUCAACCACGGAAGCACCGAUUAUGCUGAAAGCUUCAACAUGUCAGUGACCUGAUUUGAAUAACGAGCCCUGCCUUUGUAGGUCCAGAAUUGAGUAAAAAGGGAUUCUGGGAACUCUCACUUGGAGGCCGAGGGAAUCCUGGCAAAGCUGUACAUGGUCACCGCAGUCAGUCAUUUGAAAACAACAUAAGUUUUUUGUUUUUUUUCUAGUGAAUUGUUUUCAGCUUAAUGCAUCUUAAACUUAAUUGCCCUGUAUGUGAGGUCAUGCUCAUUCAAGACCACAGAGAACUAUUAUCGAAAACUAGAAAUUAAAUUUGAUAUGUUAUGUUUAAUUGACUUGUGCUUUCACCUUUCUUUUUCCAUGUACUGCCUAUGCACACUAUACUGAUGCCUUCAGACGUUUUAUGAGGUGCUUAAGUUGUUUUUUCUCCUUUGGAUGUUGGUGUUAAGUUUAACCUUCUUCUCCUGUCUUCAUGCCUUCUGUUACACCCCUGUCAUUCCUCAUUACUGACAUUAUACCAUAAAUGAGCACGGUCUCACCACGGUCUGAGCACGGUCUCACCAUGGUCUCACCAUGGUCUCACCGCGGCCUCACCAUGGUCUCACCACGGU